CAAAAUUUUUGUGCGGGUUUAUUUUCGUAUUUUACUGCACCACACAAACCAAUGCUGAUUUGAUUAGAUUAAGCCAUUUAUUUGCGUACGUUAUCAUUACUAAACAUUUAGUACCCUAAAAAUGCACCAUCUGAAAUGUGUGGUGGUCGGUGAUGGUGCCGUGGGUAAAACGUGUAUGCUAAUUUCUUACGCCACUAAUGCGUUUCCCAAAGAAUACAUCCCAACAGUUUUCGAUAAUUAUACAGCCGUGGUGAAAGUAGACGAUACACCCAUUAAUUUAGGACUAUGGGAUACAGCUGGACAAGAAGACUACGACAGGCUUAGACCUUUGGCUUAUCCACAAACUGAUGUGUUUUUAAUUUGUUUUUCACUGAUUAGACCCGCUUCAUUUGAAAAUGUUAAAUCGAAAUGGUACCCUGAAGUACGACACCACUGCUCCCAUCCUCCCAUAAUAUUGGUUGGCACGCAACAGGAUUUGAGAGAAUAUAGAAUACCUGGUCAGAAAAUUGAAGGAGUUAUUAAUUAUGCCAAGGGUUUGGCAUUAGCAAAAGAAAUAAGGGCUGUGAAAUAUGUGGAAUGUUCAGCUUUAACUCAGAAAGGACUUAAAACGGUUUUCGAUGAGGCCAUCCGAGCUGUACUACGACCAGUUCCAAUUGAGCUGCCGUCGACCAGACGUUGUUGGAUUUUGUAGUUUUCCUUAUUAAUCAACCAAUAAUAUUUAUUUAUGAAGUUGGACUUUUUCUAGGAUAGAAUAGAAUAUAGAAUAGAACUUUAUUUACGGACAAGCCAUUUUACAGUACAAUAAUUCUUAUCUAUAUUUAGGUAGGUGUGUGUAAAACCGAUAAAUCAUAUUAUUGUGUCGCUGUCUAGACAAAGCACCUAAUAAACAAAACAUUAAAUAUUAAUAGUAGAUUAUACCACGAGUCAAUAAUGAUAGCUAUUAUUCCCGAGGAUUAUUACCAACUGAGCCGCGUUAGCGGCGAGGGAGUAACAUUCCGAGGGAAUAAUAGCCAUUAUUGCGAGUAGUAUACUCUACUUUAUUUACGACAAAUUAAUUUAUUUGAGAUUUUCAAUGAACAAAUUUCAUCCGUCUCAUAAUUUUCAAUACAAAUCCACAAGCACUACACGUUUGACACUGACACUUUUGUGGAAUAAUGACCAUUAAUCCCGCUACUCGUCAUUAAUCCCUGGAGGAAUAACAUAUGUCAUUAUACUGCCAAAAUCACAAAUAUAAUACGCACAUUAUACAUUAGUCGUAAAUAAAAAAAAAACAACUCAACAUGUUAAAAUCUGUAGAGAAGGCGACUAAUAUUAAAAAAGAAAAAAGAUAACAAUAAUAAAAAGUUUAAAAUGACCUUAACAAUAAAUAGACAUAACAAUAUGGUGACUUUUACAACAAGAAUAAAACCACUAACAGAAACAAUCGUUAGAUCGAUUUGAUUUGUCUUCUGAAACCUUCCACUCCAAUAUUGAAAAGAUCCACAUUCAAUUUACCUAUUUAUCACAGUAUUUGUCAGUCUUGAAAAACUAGUUAUAGGAGAAUUGUAUUACCCAUAAUUAGUAGGAUGAUAUUGUACAUAAAAUAGUCUAGUCGGUUGUUUUUUAUGUUAUGUGAUAGGUACAUUAAAACCAGCCCAAGAUAAGAGCUGAGCUGAGCUGACUGAAUUAUUAUAUUAUUCACCAGUUUGAACAGAAUAUACACAGGUCCUGAUGA